AUGUUUAAAUGCUUGGUACUGCUAGCGCUGGCCUGCGCCAGCGUCAACGGUGACGCGAGUCGGCCUAUCAUCAAUACAACCGGUGGACAGAUUCAGGGUGUCACGUCCAGCUGUGGCCUCUUCUGUAGCUAUUUUGCAUUUAAUGGCAUCCCGUACGCGGAACCUCCAGUUGACGAGCUACGCUUCCGCAAUCCGGUCCCACAUCGAGGCUGGCAAGGCGUCAAAGAUGGAAGUGAACAUCGAGCCUCUUGUCCAUCAGGAGCGUUGGUAGGAGACGGUUACUCGGGAAGUGAGGAUUGUCUCUUUUUGAACGUGUACACACAGCAAAUAGUCGGAUCGCGUCCGGUAAUGGUGUGGAUACAUGGAGGCUCCUUUACCGGUGGUUCGGGAGAUUCUUGGAUCUACGGACCCGAUCAUUUGGUGCAAGAAAAUGCAGUGAUAGUUACUAUUAACUAUCGUCUCGGAAUUCUUGGAUUCUUCAGCACAGGCGAUCGGUUUGCGCAAGGCAACUGGGGUAUGAAGGAUUGUGUGGAAGCCCUCCGGUGGGUACGUGAUAACAUUGCUGCUUUUGGCGGAGAUCCGAAUAACGUAACUAUUUUUGGAGAGAGUGCCGGCGGCGCCGCCGUUCACUACCUAGUUUUAUCUCCAAUGGCCCGUGGAUUGUUCCACAAGGCAAUCGCUCAAUCAGGAACAGCUCUAGUGCCUUGGGGUUUCCAGUAUAAUCCUCGCGAGAUGGCUGCCCAUGUCGCCAAUACGUUUGGUUAUCCUACGAAUAAUAACGAAGAGUUAGUACGUCUAUUACGUUACACUCCGAAGGGUGAGUUCGUCCGUCUUCAACAAGGCUGGGCCGAUAUUCCCAUUCCUCGUGGCUUUAGACCGUUUGAAUUUGUCCCAACGGCUGAACCCGCGGACUCAACAGAAGCAACCUUCUUAACGCAAAGACCAAUUGAUAUUUUGAAUGCUGGAAGCUUCAAUCAUGUUCCUUUCGUGAUUGGAUAUAAUGACGCGGAGUCCCUCUUCAUGAUCUACGAACACACCAUCGAUAGCACUGUGUGGAAUGAAUUCUCUAGGAAUCCUCAUUUCUUCGUACCUCAUUUCUGGAAUAUUCCCCAGGGUACGGCAGCUUCGAAUGCAGUCAGCCAAGGUUUCCGUGAUUUCUACUGGCAGGAUCGCCAACUGGGACCUGACAUAAUGCUGGAAUGGACUAGAUUCCACACUGAUCAACAGUUCAUUUACGCCAUCGAUAAAACGGUUCGAUUAACUGCACAGCACAACACCGCUCCGACGUACUAUUAUCAAUUCAGUUUUGACGGCGAUUUGAACUUGGUCAAGCGCCUGCUUCUACUGUCGGAUUGGCCGGGUGCAAUCCACGCUGAUGAACUACCGUACAUGUGGUCCAUGACAAACUUGCCAGCCACGCCUAUUCUGCCGGGCAAUCCGGCACUGACGGUUCGCAGUAGAAUGAUUCGUCUAUGGACGAACUUCGCUGCCCACGGUAAUCCAACGCCCAACUCCGACUCAAACUUGCAGAACAUCAACUGGGCGCCGGUACAGCAAGGAAACAUGGCAUACUUGGAUAUCAACACAAACUUGGUGCCCGGCUUCAAUCCGAAUCAAGCACGCGUAGCAACCUGGACAAACUUGGAAAAUAACUACGCUAACAAUCCAUUCGAAUUUCCUAUGACGUAG